ACUUUGUAUACUACCUGUAGCUCCUUCCCUUCCCUCCCAAUCCUGCCCUCCCUCUCUCUUUGCCACACAUGCCCCUCCCCUAGUCUGCUGAUAAUGGGAAGUCUUCCUCCCCUUCCAUCUGACCCUAGCCUAUCAGGUCUCAUCAGGACUGGCUUUCACGGUCUUCCUCUGUGAUUUGGUAAGGCUGCCCAGCCCCCCUCAAGGGGAAGUGAUCAAAGAGCAGACCAAUCAGUUCAUGUCAGAGACAGUCCCUGUUCCCAUUACUAUGGAACUCAUUUGGACACUGAACUGCCAUGGGCUACAUCUGUGCAAGGGUUCUAGGUUAUCUCCAUGAAUGAUCCUGGGUUGGAGUAUCAGUCUCAGAAAACACCCCUGUGCCCAGAUAUUUUGAUUCCAUUGCUCUCCUUUUGGAGCACCUGUCUUCUGCAGGUCUUACUAUAAUUUCCCAGUUCUUUCAUAAGAUUCCCUGCACUCUGCCCAAGGUUUGGCUAUAAGUCUCAGCAUCUGCUUUGAUACCCUGCAGGGUAGAGUUUUUCAGAGGCCCUCUGUGGUAUGCUCCUGUCCUGUUCCCUCUUUUCUCCCUCUUCUGAUAUCCAUCCUCUUUGUUUUUCUGAAUGAGGAUUGAGCAUCUUACCCAGAGUCCUCCUUCUUGAUUAGUUUCUUUAAGUGUACAGAUUUUAGUAUGUUUAUCCUAUAUUAUAUGUCUGAUAUCCACUUAUGAGUGAGUAUAUACCCUGUGUGUCUUUCUGCUUCUGAGAUACCUCACUCAGGAUGAUCUUUUCCAGUUCCCACCAUGCCUGCAAAUUUCAUGAUUUCCUUGUUUUUAAUUGCUGAGUAGUAUUUCAUUGUGUAAAUAUACCACAAUUUCUGUAUCUAUUCCUCAACUGAGGGGCUUCUGGGCUGUUUCCAGCUUCUGGCUAUUACAAAUAAACUGCUACAAACAUAGUUGAGCAAAUGCUCUUGUAUGCUUGAGCAUCUUUUGGCUAUAUGCCUAAGAGUGGUAUAGCUGGGCCUUGAAGAAGCACUAUUUCUAAUUGUGAGAAAGCGCCAGAUUGAUUUCCAAAGUGGUUGGACAACUUUACAUUCCCACCAGCAAUGUAGGAGGGUUCCCCUUUCUCCAUAUCCUUUCCAGCAUGUGUUGUCACUUGAGUUUUUGAUCUUAGCCAUUCUGAUGGGUAUAAAGUAAAAUCGCAGGGUAGUUUUGAUUUGCGUUUCCCUGAUGACUAAGGAUGUUGAGUGUUUCUUUAAGUGUUUCUCUGCUAUUCGAUAUUCUUUUAUUGAGAAUUCUCCGUUUAGCUCUGUACCCCAUUUUUUAAUAAACACCUUCAGCAAAGUGGCUGGAUAAAAAAUUAACUCAAAAAAAUCAGUAGCCCUCCUGUAUACAAAAGACAAAAGGGCUGAGAAAGAAAUUAGGGAAACAACACCCUUCACAAUAGCCACAAAGGACAUAAAGUACCUUGGUGUCACUCUAACCAAGCAAGUCAAAGACUUGUAUGAAAAAAAAUUUCAGUCUCUGAAGAAAGAAAUAAAAGAAGAUAUCAGAAGAUGAAAAGACCUCCCAUGCCCAUGGCUUGGCAGGAUUAACAUAAUAAAAAUGGCCAUCUCACCAAAAGCAAUCUACAGAUUGCUAAUUUCCAUCAAAUUACCAACACAAUUCUUUAUAGACUUUGAAAGAAAAAUUUUCAACUUCAUAUGGAAUAACAAGAAACCCAGAAUCGCUAAAACAAUCCUCUCCAAUAAAAGAUCUUCUGGAGGAUAUCUCCAUCCCUGAUCUCAAGCUGUAUUACAAAGCAACAAUACUGAAAACUGCAUGUUACUGGCAUAGAAACAGACUAGUGGAUCAAUGGAAUAGAAUAGAAGACCCAGAUAUAAGCCCACACACUAUUGGACACCUGAUCUUUGACAAAGAUGCAGAAACCAUACAAUGGAAAAAAGAUAGCAUCUUUAACAAAUGGUGUUAGUUUAACUGGAUGUCUACAUGUAGAAAAAUGCAAAUAAAUCCAUAUCUAUCACCCUACACAAAACUAAAAUCCAGGUGGAUCAAAGACCUCAAACUAAAACCAGACAUGCUAACCCUGUUACAAGAAAAAGUGGGGAAGAGCCUUGAAACUCAUUGGCACAGGAGACAACUUCCUGAACAGAACACCAACAGCACAGGCUCUAAGAUCAAGAAUAAAUGGGACCUCAUGAAACUGAAAAGCUUCAGUAAAGCAAAGGACACUGUUGUCAGAACAAAGCAACUGCCUACAGAAUUGGGAAAGGAUCUUCACCAACCCUAUAUCUGAUAGAGGGCUAAUAUCCAGAAUAUGUAAAGAAUUAAAGAAGUCAUUUUUUCUAUCAAGUAUUUUGAUAGAUUUGUUUUUGGGGGGAUAAAAGUCAUAUUGGCCAUGGCUAAGAGAUGGCAGACAUUUAUCUUUAUGUGUUUAGAUCAAUAAGGAAUUCACACUUGGGUGAACUUGUAGAAAGAGUUGUUUUAACUCUUGGCCAUACACCAUUCUGUGAGAGUGAAGGAAAUGGUGAGCUGAAUUAAUGACAUGGUAGAAGGUCCCUUAUGUUUGACAGAACUGAAACCAAGUUUAUUGGUUUUGUCUGACUGAUGGAAUCAAAUAAUUUAUUUCUUUAAUGUUUCCUUCAUUUUCAGUUAAUAUUCACAUGGACUCCAUGCCAUGAUAGUUUCGAUUUCUAUUACUAGUAUUCAGAAUAAUAGACUCUACUUGUCUUAUUCUGAGUGGUAGAAGAGGGACUCAGAAGAUAAUUAUACAGACUUUUUAGUUUUAGCUAUCUAAUUUUUUACAAACAAAUAAGCAUGAUUUGGACUCAGAAGAUAAUUAUACAGACUUUUUAGUUUUAGCUAUCUAAUUUUUUACAAACAAAUAAGCAUGAUUUUUCUAAGCUACUCCAUUGAAUACUAAAUAGUAGUAAGUACUUGGAAUGCUCCAGAACUUAUCAUCAAAACAUUUAACCUAACACAAGUUUAACAUACAAUAGAGUAAAUUUGCUUCAUGACACAGAACACACAUUUAAAAUGGAAAAAAAAAUUAUUUUGCUACAGUAAAAGAGAAUAAAAAUAAAAUUACGAAAUUCAGAAGAAAAUCACAGUAAAAAGCAUAGCAAUCAAGUAGAUAAGAAAAUUGUCAGGCAUUAUAAUAAGAGGAUGGAAGAAGAAGCAACAGCAUUUUAUGACAUGCUUCUUUUGUCUGAAGCAGGGUUUCAGUGUCUGCUCAGUUUUGGAGCCCUUGCUCAUCCUUUGCUCCCAAAGAGCUGAGACCGUGUCACCCAGCAACACACUGGCUGACUGUGAGAUUUUAAAUAAGUAUUUGUUGAUUUUUCUUGGAUAAUUCCUUUUUAGAUUUUUUAAAAAAUAUUUCCCCAAACAAAUAUGAAACAUCUUUUUUAAAUUUUAUUUAUAUAUUUAAUUAUUACAAUUUAUUCACUUUGCAUCCUCCCUGCUGCCCCUCCCUUGUCUCCUCCUAGUCCUACCCUCCCUCCCUCUUCUUCCCCUAUCCUCUUUCCCUAAUCCCCUUAUAGGGGAAGUCGACCUCCUCUUCUAUCUGACCCUAGUUUAUCAGGUCUCGUCAAGGCUGGCUGCUUCAUCUUCCAUUGUGGCCUGGCAUGGCUGCACCCCCCAAGGGAAGUGAUCAAAGAGCCAGCCACUGAGUUCAUGUCAGAGAUAGUCCCUGUACCUCUUAUUAGGGAAAGCGCUUGGAAACUGAGCAGCCAAUGGGCUUCCUUUGAACAGAGGCUCCAAGUCUGCUCUAUACAUGGUCCUUAGUUGGAGUAUUGGUCUCUGCAGGACCUCUGGUCCCAGGUAUUUUGGCUGUGUUGUUCUUGUGGAGUUCCUGUCUCUAGGUCUUUGUCUCCCUUUUCUUCCAUAAGGUUUCCUGCACUCUGCCCAAAAUUUGGCAAUGAGUCUUAAUAUCUCCUCCGAUACCCUGGUAGGUAGAGUCUUUCAGAGGUCUUCUGUGGAAAGUUCCUGUUCUGUUCCUUGUCUUCUACUUCCUAUGUCCAUCCUGUUUGCCCUUCUAAAUGAGGAUUAAGCAUCAUUGAGCUCAGUGUUAGAGUACUUGCCUAGCAAGCCCAAGGCCCUGGGUUCAGUCCUCACCUGGGGGAUGGGGGGUGGAGAAGUAAAUGAAACAUCUUUUACAUUCAGAUUUGCUAUAGUUUAUUGUAGGGGGCUGUCUAAUGCUGCUGGAACCACCAGAGGGAGCUCUGGGAGCACAUUUCAGUGUUUAUUUUGUUUUUAAGUGACAAAACAAAACAAUUUUCUCAGUACAGCAUUUCUGUUUUUCAUCAAAAAUAGUAUUCUGAAAAUACCUGGACAAUUUCUGAGGACCAUCUUGGCAAUUUUAUUUCAUAAAUAUGUGGCCAUCUUAAACACCCUCUUCUUGGGCUAGCAGAGUCACUCAACAGGUGAAGGAAGGUGCUUAUAACAAACGUCUGGCAACCUGAGUAAUUGCUGCAACCAACAUACGGGGGUGGGGGGAGAACCAACUCCACAGUGUCAUCCUCUGGCCUUCACAUGCUCAUGAUUCACAUGAGCCCACAUACAUUAUAUGCACACACAAUAAUAAUGGAUAACUUUUAAAACAAGGAAAGAAACCUUUAUGUUAUCAUGCAAUCUGUUUAAAAGCUAGUCAUUUAUACCACAAAGCUCUUAUUAAUCCUCUUUUUGUUUUUGUCCUUCAGUGUCUCGGAGUGUCCUUGAACUUAUUAUCUCCUGAAAGUUAAGAUCUUAGAUAUAUACCACUAGUUUAGCAACAGUAAUGCUAUUCAGCCAUUUGAUUUUUGUGGUGCACAAAUUUUGAAGCUGGUACUAAUAGCUACAUAGACUUAAGAUGUGGAAUGUGUCAAAAUAGAGAAUAAUUUGUGUUUGUUUUUUGAAACAGGGUUUCUCUGUGUUUAGCCCUGGCUGCCUGGAACUCCCUUUGUAUACCAGGCUGGUCUCAGACUCACAGAGAUCUGCCUGCCUCUGCCUCCCAAAGGCUAGGAUCAAAGAAACAGCAAAUUCCAGUGAAGAAAAUGAAUUCUGGAGAAGAAAGGAAGAAAAUGUUUGCGGAAGCAGCAAAAAAAAGAAGGUUGGACUAUAUUGAGAAAGAAAAGAAGCAAAGGGAGCAGAUUAAUCUCAUGAAGGCAGAACAAUUGAAGAGGCAAGAGAAGCAGCAGUUGGAGAGAAUAAAUAGGGCCAGGGAACAAGGAUGGAGGAAUGUUUUAAGGGCUGGUGGAAGCGGUGAAGUAAAGGCUUCCUUUUUUGGCAGUGGAGGGCCUGUCUCUCCAUCUUGUUCCUCUCGAGGGCAGUAUGAACAUUACCAUGCCAUUUUUAAUCAAAUGCAGCAACUAAGAGCAGAAGAUAAUGAAGCAAGAUGGCAAAGAGAAAUGUAUGGUCGACGGCUUCCAGAAAGGCAAAAAGGACACCCAGCUAUAGAGAGAGCCAAGCAAGUGGAAGAAUUCCUGCAGCGUAAAAAAGAAGCUAUGCAGAAUAAAGCCCGAGCUGAAGGGCAUGUGGGAAUCCUGCAAAACCUGGCAUCUCUGUAUGGAGGCAGGCCCAGCUCUUCAAGAGGAGGGAAGCCAAGGAACAAUGAGGAAGAGGUUUAUCUGGCAAGACUGAGGCAAAUAAGACUACAAAAUUUUAAUGAACGCCAACAGAUAAAAGCCAAACUUCGUGGUGAAAAUAAAGAAGCUGAUGGUGCCAAAAGACAAGAAACAAACGAAGAGGCUGACUUGAGGCUCAGAAAGAUGGAGUCACUUAAGGCCCAAACACAUGCACGUGCUGCUGUACUAAAAGAACAGUUGGAGCGAAAAAGAAAGGAAGCAUAUGAGCGAGAAAAGAAAGUGUGGGAAGAGCAUCUGGUGACGAAGUUAAGGAGCUCAGAUGCCCCUCCACCUUUGGAGCAUCAUGAAACAGGUGGCUCUCCGUCCAAGCAGCAGAUAAAACCUGUUAUUUCUGUGACUUCAGCUUUGAAAGAAGUGGGCCUGGAGAGAAGUUUAGCUGAUAUCCCAGAAGCUUCAGAAGAAAUGGAAAAAAGCAACAAUGCUAUUUCAAGUAAGCGAGAGAUACUGCGUAGGCUAAAUGAAAAUCUUAAAGCUCAAGAGGAUGAAAAGGAAAACCAUAAUCACUCUGAUUCCUGUGAUACCAUUGGUCACAAAGAUGCCAAAGAGUGUGAGAACGAAAAUGCUGUUUCCUCCGAUCGCAAGAAGUGGGAGAUUGGAGGUCGGCUUGUGAUUCCUCUGGGUGAAGUGACACUGGACACUCCCUGCUCUGCAACUGAAAAACAUACUGUGGGAGAGGUUAUUAAGUUAGAUCCUAAUGGCUCUCCAAGAAAAGUCUGGGAAAAAAGCCCCAAAGAUUCUGUGCUGAAGAUACUCGGAGAAGCUGAACUCCAACUACAGACAGAACUACUAGAAAACACAGCUUUUAAAACUGAGAUUUAUCCUGGAGGGGAAAUCUACAAACCCUUACUCACUGGAGAAGAAAAUCUACAAUGUAUUUCAAAAGAAAUAAAUCCAUCAACUACUGUUGAGUCUAUGGAAAUAAAAAGUCCAGAGUUUACUGAGAUGUCUCCAACAAAGUCAGCCGGAAAUGUGGAAGAACCUGAUGAUUUGGAAACAGAAGUUCUACAAGCUCCAAGUAGCACAAACACAGAGGGGAGUUUGCCAUGUGUUGUUAAUGAUGUCUGGACGAGUGAGGAAGCAGCUAAGGAAACUGAUUUACCUACUUAUGGCAGGUUGGAAGAUAAGGUUGCCAUGCAGCAGUGUGAAGUUUGUGAAAAUAGAAUUUCGGGGAAUGUGGCCCAACUUUGUGAGGAUCACAUAGAACCUGCAGUAGAUGAUUCUCAGCAGUCUGGAUGUGAUGUAGAGAAGUCAGGAAAGCCAGAACCUUUAUUCCAGAAAGUGGCUCAUUCUGAGCAUUUGUCGUUAAUUCAAUCAAUUCAUUGUUCACUAGAAGAACCACAUACGCUUCGAUCUCGCUCUGAUUCACCACCAAAACAAAACCCCAAAAAUUCCUUACUGAUUGGACUGUCAACUGGUAUGUUUGAUGCCAACAACCCAAAGCUGCUGAGGACAUGCUCACUUCCAGAUCUUUCUAAGCUCUUCCGAACCCUGAUGGAUGUUCCCACUGUAGGCGAUGUUCAUCAAGACCGUCUUGAAAUAGAUGAGCUUGAAGAUGAGCAUAUUAAAGAAAGGCCCUCUGAUUCUGAAGACACUGUGUUUGAAGAAGCUGACACAGAUUUACAAGAGCUUCAGGCCUCAAUGGAGCAGCUACUUAGGGAUCAACCAGUUGAUGAAUACAGUGAGGAGGAAGAGUCCGUCUUAAAAAACAGUGAAGUGGAGCAGACGGUGAGAAGGGCAGAUGCGGCAGACGAGGAAGACAACCCCAGCAGUGAAAGUGCCCUAAAUGAGGAAUGGCACUCAGAUAAUAGCGAUGGUGAGAUUACUAGUGAAUGUGAAUAUGACAGUGUCUUUAACCAUUUAGAGGAACUAAGACUUCACCUGGAGCAAGAAAUGGGCUUUGAAAAGUUCUUUGAGGUUUAUGAGAAAGUAAAGGCUAUCCAUGAGGAUGAAGAUGAAAAUAUUGAAAUUUGUUCAACAAUAGUUGAGAAUAUUCUGGGCAGUGAGCAUCAGCAUCUCUACGCCAAGAUUCUGCACUUAGUCAUGGCAGAUGGAGCCUAUCAGGAAGAUAAUGAUGAAUAACCUCUGGACAUUCAACUAUGUGAAAACAUUUGAACUUGGCUCCUGGGAACAGAGAUUAUUUAUGAGAAAUACCAAAUUUAAGACAGGCAUGUGUAUUGCAUGAAAAAAAUUGAGAACUGUGAUUUUUUUUCUGACAAUUUAUCUAUUUUGUUUAUUGGAUUCUACAGUUGAAUCCUGUAGAAUGUGUAUUUCUUUAAAUCAACCCACCAAAGCAUUUACUCAGAACUGGAAUUAAUGAUGUUGAAAUUUUCCACAUGAAUAAGGGACUACUUUUAGCAACUGUUAUUCUGUGCAAGAAGUUGCCCAUGUCAUAAAAGGCCCACUUUUGGGUUUUCAUUUAAAUUUCAGCAUGACUUUUUUUUCUGUCCAGGAUUUUUCAUCCUGGCUACCAGUUCUGCAUUAAGUAAUCCUAGUCAAGGGCUCUCUUCAAAUCUCUACAUUUGGAAGAUGAAAUUUUAGCCUUGAAGUUUGUAUUCUCAGGUCAUUUUUCAGCCACUGACUCUGCUGAGUGAUAGCUAGCUUGGUAGAGACAGGCUGUAGAAACAAUACUAAAUCAUUGAAAGAUUUGAUUGUGAAGGAAUAGCAAAGUUGUAUUUCCUGAUACUUAAAGUUCCUUAAUUUCUUCUCUUUCUCUUUAUACAACAGAUCUAAAAAUCAGGCUAUAAAUUUAAACGUGGACCUAGCAAAUAGCAUAAAAUUGCCUUUUGGUUUUUAACUCCUCUCAUACAUUUGCUUCAGUGGUCAUCUGUAUUAAAAAGGAGAGAGGGACUUUUAUUUUUUUGGCACUAUGACAAUUUAAUAGCUACUAUAGGGAAAUAUUUGCCUGUUAUUUUCAGUCUGAGGAUUUAACCAGGUCAUUACAGUGAUGGUCACAUCAUUUCAGUUAUGUGAAACUAUAUAUAGAAAUAGUUAUAGUUUCAGAAUAUGCCAAGUAUUACAUAAUUUCAUUAUCUACAGUCCCAAUGCUCUUAACAAUAAAAGCAGAAGUGUGUGCUUCUCAAUACCAAUCAGCCUGGCUGGUGUAAUUCUCAGCUGAAACAUGGAUUUAGCCUUGCAGCACUGUUAGUAGUGUGUUGACUUUAUUAUGUAUAUUAUUUCUAACAUCCAAAACUAAAUAGUUAAUUUUUAUAUUUUUAUUUUGUACUAUUAAAUUUUCAUUAUGUACCUGAA